AUGUCAGACAGAGCUCAUCAUACUUCGGAUAUUAGUGAUAUUCUUGUGGGAAAUGAUACAAGUAUUAAUGAAGCAGAUGUAUGGAAAGAUGAUACAGAAUCAAUUUAUAAUAUUAAUGGUGAUAUUGAAUUUGACAAUGUCGACUUUAUUUAUCCAUCUCGAAAAGAAGCACCAGUUCUGCGUAAUCUCUCUCUUGUUGCUCGUGCUGGUGAGACGACUGCUCUUGUAGGUUCAAGUGGCUCUGGAAAAAGUACAUGUAUGUCAUUGUUUCUUCGAUAUUUUGAACCAUCAUCAGGUAGAAUAACAAUCGAUGGUCGGCCAAUAACAGACUACAAUGUCAAACAACUUCGAGAAAACAUUGGAGUUGUUAGUCAAGAACCUGUUUUGUUUGAUAUGAGUAUAUAUGAAAAUAUUCGUUUUGGUAAAGUAAAUGCAACAAAAGAAGAAAUUGAACAAGCAGCACGAGAAGCAAAUGCACAUCAUUUUAUCAUGCAAUUACCAGAUAAAUAUGCAACUCUUGUUGGUGAACGUGGUGUACAGUUGAGUGGUGGUGAGAAACAACGUAUUGCAUUAGCUCGUGCUCUUGUCAAACAGCCUACAUUUCUUUUACUCGAUGAAGCAACAAGUGCACUUGAUAAUGUUAGUGAAAAAAUUGUUCAGGAAGCACUCGAUCGAGCAUGCAAUGGUCGUACAACUCUUGUAAUUGCUCAUCGUUUGACGACAAUUCAAAAUGCUCAUCAAAUAUAUGUAUUAGAUAAAGGAAGUGUUAUUGAACAAGGUACACAUGAAACAUUGAUGAAAAUAGAUGGAGGUAAAUAUCAAGCAAUGGUCAUACGUCAACAAAUGGAAGGAAUCUAUGAUAAUCAAGAUGAUAAAAUGAGCAUACAAAAAGCAACAGAAGAAGAUGAAAAGUCAAUACUUGAGCGCUCUCGCUUAAUUAGUGAUAUUCAAACUAUUGAUGUGAACAAACAAAUUAAAAAAUCUUCUAAACAAAGAUUUGUCUUUUUAAGACUUUUGUCAAUGAAUAGUCCUGAAUGGAUAACAAUCUCAAUUGGUUGUAUAGCAUGUGUCCUUAAUGGAGCAGCUCAACCAUUGUUCGCAUUUUUACUUGUCAAAAUAGUUGAGGCACUCAAAUAUUGUUCAGCCACUGAACGACGCCAUCACAUAUUGCUUGCUAGUUUUCUGUUUUUACUUUUGGGUGGUAUUUUAUUUGUUUUUCGUUUCUUUCAGUAUACAGCAUUUGCCAUAGCAGGAUCAAAAUUAACACAACGUAUUCGUUCGAAAACUUUUUCAUGUCUUCUUCGUCAAGAAGUUGCUUAUUUCGAUCGACCUGAAAAUAGUUCGGGCGCUAUUUGUACUCGUCUAUCUUCUGAUGCAUCAGCUAUUCAAGAAAUGACUGGUCAACAUGUAGGUCUUGUUGGUAGAUCUGGAUGUGGAAAAUCAACAAUCAUUCAACUCUUGGAACGUUUCUAUGAUGUUACAAGUGGUAGAAUACUUCUUGAUGGUAUUGAUAUUCAAAAACUAAAUAUUCAAUGGGUUCGUUCUCAUAUUGGUCUUGUUAGUCAAGAACCAAUUUUGUUCGAUUUAACGAUCGCUGAAAAUAUAGCAUAUGGUUUAGAAAAUAUUCCAAUGGAAGACAUUAUCAAUGCAGCAAUUAAAGCUAAUGUUCAUCAGUUUAUUGAACAAUUACCUCAGGGUUAUGAAACAAAAGUAGGAUUGAAAGGUAGUUUUCUAUCAGGUGGUGAGAAGCAACGUAUUGCUAUAGCUCGAGUUCUUCUUCGUCGACCUAAAGUAUUGCUCUUAGAUGAAGCUACAAGUGCCAUGGAUUCACACAAUGAACAAAUUGUACAAGAAGCUCUUGAACAAGCUCAAAAAGAAGAUCCUAGUCGAACAUCACUGACAAUUGCUCAUCGUCUUUCAACCAUUCGUACAUGUGAUUUGAUCUGUGUACUUGACAGAGGACGUAUAGUGGAAAGUGGCAAUCAUGU